AUGUCUGCCGCGCCAGGAUCCGGUGCGGGUGUGGAGUCGCAUGCGUCGCGGCGCCGGCGAGCGCAGACGGAGAACGAUGUCUCUGUCGAGCGCCUGCGCGAGACCAUCUCGAACCCGGGAUCGGUCAAGAUCAAUGUCAAGGGCGCCUUCAUCCUGGACGAGCGGGCCGCUCACCGGCGCGACGACGCUGACGGCGUGCACUACGAGCACAAGGAUAUUCGCCUCCCUCACCACACUGAUGUCGUGAGCCAUGUCGCCGUCGACAUUGGCGGAACGCUGGCGAAGCUCGUCUAUUUCUCUCCCGAGAUAAACCAGUCCGGCAGCGGUGGUCGACUCAACUUUAUAAAUUUCGAGACAAGCAGGAUAGACCUGUGUAUCGACUUCCUGAAGAAGCUGAAGGAGAAUCAUAUGAAGAGGAAUGGCUCGGUUCCGUACGAGCUCUGCGUCAUGGCUACUGGUGGAGGCGCAUACAAGUUCUACGACAUGCUCAAGGACGCCCUUGGAGUCAACGUGCUGAGGGAGGAUGAGAUGGAGUGCCUGAUCAUCGGACUGGACUUUUUUAUUACGGAGAUACCAAAUGAAGUCUUUACCUACAGCGAGACCACGCCGAUGCAGUUUGCGGAGGCGAGGGCGGACGUGUACCCUUACCUGCUGGUGAAUAUCGGCUCUGGCGUCUCCAUGGUCAAGGUGUCUGGCCCCCGACAGUUCGAGCGAGUGGGCGGCACAUCUCUCGGUGGAGGGACGUUCUGGGGUCUGAUGGCUCUCCUGACCGGUGCCCGCACCUUCGAUGAGAUGCUAGCCAUGGCGGAGCGUGGAGAUAACAGUGGAGUCGACAUGCUCGUAGGUGACAUCUAUGGCACAGACUACGGCAAGAUAGGCCUGAAGAGCACCGCUAUCGCCAGCACUUUUGGAAAAGUCCUCAAGCUGAAGAGGCUCGAGGAACGGAAUGCUGAGAACAGUGGAAGUGAGUCGCCGCCUUCCGAGCAGGACAUCUCUCAUUUCUCCUACGAAGACAUGAGCCAGAGCCUUUUAUUCGCUAUAAGUAGUAACAACAUCGGCCAAAUCGCCUAUCUGCAAUCUGAGAAACAUAAGAUCAAGCACAUAUAUUUUGGAGGCUCGUUCAUCCGGGGCCAUAGACAGACCAUGAACACCCUCUCCUACGCUAUUAGAUUUUGGUCCAAGGGAGAGAAGCAGGCGUAUUUCCUGCGCCAUGAAGGCUAUCUUGGAGCAGUUGGGGCGUUCCUCAAGCGACAGCCGCAGCAUUGGGGUCGGAGGAACAGUGUCGAGAAUGCUACGGCAGCCUACUUUGCCCACAGAGAAGGAUUAUCAAGAUAG